CAUCCCGUUAGAAAGAAGAACUCAGAAUCACCGCUGGGAAACAGAGUCUAAAGAUGAGAUGUGAAUUUCUAGCUAGCUUCCUUCUGCUUUUCAGCAUUUCCAGCAAAGGGGCUGUCUCCGGAGACAGUAGUAUUAUCUGGGGUGCCUUGGGUCAUGACAUCAACCUGACCAUCCCUAACUUUCAAGUGACUGACACUGAUGAAGUCCGAUGGGAAAAGGGGCGAACGCUGGUGGCAAAGUUCAAAAAGGAGAUGGAACCUUUUCUGCUGUCAGAAGCAUUUGAGAUCUUAACGAACGAAACCUUGCAAAUAAAGAAACUGAAGAGAGACGACAACGGCACUUAUAAUGUGAUAGUGUAUGGGGCCAACGGCAGUAGCAAGCUGCAGAAAACAUUCCACUUGAGGAUUCUAGAGAGGGUCUCAAAGCCAGAGAUCUACUGGGAGUGCAGCAACACAACUCUGACCUGUGAGGUUGAGAAAGGAACAGACCUCGAACUAAAGCUGUAUCGAGGAAAGAAGCAUCUCGUCAGCCUCCAUCAGAAGAUCAUAAGUCAUACAUGGACCAACCUGAAUGCGCCGUUCAAGUGCAAUGCAAAAAACAAGGUCAGCGAGGAGUCCGUCACAGCCAUGGUCAGCUGUUCAGAGAAAGAUUUGAAUUUCUAUGUCAUCGUGGGGUCGUGUGCAGGAGGUGUCCUCUUAGUGGUCCUUGGAGCAUUGCUUAUUUUCUGUGUCUGCAAGAGGAAAAAGAACAGGAGGAGAAAAGAUGAAGAGUUAGAGAUAAAAACCCCCAGAAUGAGCUCUGUGGAAAGGGGCCCGAAGCCACAUCCAGCUCAAGCCGCAGCAUCUCAGAAUCCAGUGGCUUCCCAAGCUCCCCCUCCACCUGGCCAUCAUCUCCAGACACCUGGCCCUCGUCCUUUGCCUCCGAGCCACCGAACCCGUGAUCACCAGCAGAAGAAGAGACCUCCUCCAUCAAGCACACAGGCUCACCAACAGAAAGGCCCUCCCUUGCCCAGACCUCGAGUUCAACCAAAACCUCCCUGUAGGAGUGGAGAAGAUGCUCCGUUGCCACCCCCUAAUUAAAAAGGUGGACUCUGUCAUUUCCUAUAAAAAGCUGUGUGUGUUUCUCCUCUCCCAGUGCACAGGCUCACUCUUCCAUUGAGUGUUUUAUACAAGCAGGACCCAGAUGCCUCCCAAGACUUGCAGGGCACAGUUAGGGUAGUACCUUCUAACACAGUCCUGGGCCCAGGAGAUCUAGUCUCUGGAAUCUGGGGCCUCUUCUUAGAGCUGUCACAUCAGGACAGAGAGGCAAUAAAGAUGUGGAUGUAAGGAU